AUGUCCCUUGCGGAGCGACAGCGAAUGGAGGAAGAGGAGGGGGAAGGAGUCGGCGGUGGGGAGGAAGUGGUUCAGAUCCGGUUGGGGGACAAGUGCUACCCGGUGUGCAAGAGGAAGCUGAUCGAACAGAGCGACUAUUUCCGAGCCCUGUACCGUUCGGGCAUGCGGGAGGCAGGGCAGGGCCAGGAAGAGCAGCUGUUGCGCGGAGGGCUGAGCGCGCUGGGACUCGAGCUGGUGCUGGACUUCAUCAACACUUCCUGCCUGGCCUGGCUGGAGCAGGAGGGUGAGGAGGAGCCCCCUCUGCUGGAGGAGCUGGUGGAGGCUGCCUCCUACCUGCAGGUCACUCCCCUGCUGCGCUUGCUGCUCUCCCAGGUGCGACUGGGCAACUGUCUGGAGCUACACCACUUGGCUCAGGUCUAUGGCCUGCAGGACCUGCACGAUGCCUGUUUGGACUUCAUGGCUUCCCAUUACCACCAGGUGCUGCGCAGGCCCGAUACCCACCUCCAUCUGCCUCACGCUCUUCAACAGCACCUGAAGGAGAGGCGGAUGAGAGGCACUGCCACUCUGGUGGCCAUUGGGGACUUCAUGGGUACUUCAUCCCUGGGCCUGUCCCCAGGCUGUCAUCCACAGCCAGAGGCCCCGUGGUCCAUGCUGAGGUACAACGAGGAAGCAGAGCAGUGGCUACCCCUGGCUAACAACCUACCUCCAGAUCUGGUGAACGUGCGAGGCUAUGGGUCGGCCAUGCUGGACAACUAUCUCUUCAUCAUUGGGGGGUACCGGAUCACCACCAGUCAGGAAAUCUCAGCUGCCCAUUGUUACAACCCUUGCCUAAAUGAGUGGAGUCAGCUGGCUUCAAUGAACCAGAAGAGGUCAAAUUUUAAGCUGUUGGCUGUAAAUGGAAAACUCUAUGCCAUUGGUGGUCAAUCCCUUUCCAAUGUGGAGUGCUAUAACCCAGAAAAUGACUGGUGGAGUUUUGUAGCAUCCAUGCCAAAUCCUCUUGCAGAAUUCUCAGCUUGUGAGUGCAAGGGCAAGAUUUACGUUAUUGGAGGAUACACCACACGAGACAGGAAUAUGAACAUCUUGCAAUACUGUCCUACUUCUGAUUCUUGGACCAACUUUGAACUCUGUGAUGUCCAUGUUCGGAAACAACAGAUGGUCUCUGUUGAAGAAACGAUCUAUCUAGUAGGAGGUUGUAUUCAUGAACUUGCACCAAACCAAAAGUCCAGCCAAAGUGAAGAUGUGUUAACUGUGCAGUCUUAUAACACUGCUACCAAAGAAUGGCUCUACCUCAAAGAGAACGCAUCAAAGUCGGGUCUUAACUUGACUUGCACUCUACACAACGAUGGAGUUUAUAUAUUGAGUAGGGAUAUUACUCUAUCUACGAGCUUGGAGCACCGUGUUUUUCUGAAGUACAAUAUAUUUACAGACAGUUGGGAGUCACUGAGACGCUUUCCAGCCUUUGGACAGAACAUACUGAUCUGUUCUAUGUAUUUGCCUGAUGUGUGAGAUGUGUAAUGGCAUCAGGUUUUUCUUUGCAGCUCAUUAAUCAUUCUCAGAAGACAUAUUACUCCCUCUGUGUAAUUCCAGUUUCAGAAUGUAAUACCUAUGUGAUUGCAUAACAUAGGUAUAAAAUACAGAUUCUUCUCUUAAAAGGUUUCAAAAUCCAUUAUUAAGAGCAAUAGCUCUAGAAAUGGUUCUAAGGUUUCAGUUUAAUUUUCCUUUAUUUUGUAUUUAAAUUUCACCAAAUAUUGUUUACAACUUAAACAUAAAUUUUUAUGUUGGUAACUAAUGAAGGAUAUAGUUCCAAAGGCAAAACUGGUUAUUCUCGUUUUAUUCUCCAUCAUUAUAGACAACGCAGAAGAGAGAGUAGACAUGGUGAAAGUGAAUAUCAUUAAAUAAAAUAAAUGCUAGGUAAAAUACUUUAUAUAAGAGAAAUCAAAAAAGGAAUUUUUUUUAAAUACAAUUUUUACACAAACUGUUUUCUGUUGAACGCAUAAUGUUAAAAAUUGCUUACACUCUCAUGUUAUUCUCUCUUCUACAGUCACAAGUGAGAGUUUCAAGGGUUCUAGCAAGUAGAUAUCACCAAGAAACAUCCCCUGUUUUUUUUUUUUUUUUCAUAAAAUGCUUCAUGAGGGACUGGGAAGAAUUACCUGGAGACUGAGGUUUCUGUCUGGAUUUUACACACUGCUUUAAUGGCAGUUAGCAGAAUUUAUGGUUGCCAUUAUGACAAAGGUAAAAAGUCUGCAAAUUCAAAUGAAGGAGUUCGCUCAUCUUCCAGAAGAUAUUCAGUUUUAGUUAUCCUGUUUUCUGCAGUGCUGAAUAUUAAAAAUCAAAUUAUAGAAACAAAGAAACAGGUGUUAGCAACAAGCUGCAUUGUAGGAAGAUAUACAUGAGUACACACUGACGUGAAUCUGCACCAGGCACUUACUGCUUGAUAACAGUCACCUAGGGCAAAAGAAGAGACUGAAUCACUUGAUGGGCAGGGUUCAUUUUGUAAACAACUUCCUUAUGACACCAGCUCUAACAGGUGCAUGUGGAUGUUGAUUUUCUUGUUUUACCAGUAGCCUGAUAGAUAUAACCAGUUUGCUACCUGAAGUUUGUUAGUUUCUCCAAAGAACGUAAGGGGAUAGCCGCCAUAGAUUCUCAUUUGUGUUUCCUAGAUUCUCCGUAUUGCUUGAGACUCUUUUCUUUUUGGAGCUGACAGGUUCCUUCCUCCUGAAGGCCUUGGUUGUUAUCAUGGGAAGGUUUCACAACUGCAGCCUUUGGGAAAGAGAGAACCGGAUUAGGUAUAUGUUGAACAGAUUGCACUGAUGUUGAUUUUGUGCCAGCUCUUUCUCGAAAUGAUGAUAUGUUAUUCACUUGAAUGUGUUCCUAUCAAGGGGAGAUAUUUUUUUCCCCUUUUGAAAUUCAGGAAUCUGAAUUGACUUUUGAAAAUGGAUGCCUGUUGUGCAGAGAAGGGAAAGACUGCAAUGGUUCCCUCAAGGUUCUUUUAACUCCCAUCUUUUCCAUGGUCUUGAAAUAAAUUGAAGCUAAAAGAACUAUCAGACAGUUAUCUCUCACACAUUUUGUGCUUAGGUGCAUAACUUUGAUGCUUCUGAUCAUGUAUAGCAACCCAAAUAGAAAAUUCCAGGAAACUCUGUUUGUCUAGUGUGGACACUAACCAAGGUACUUUGAAUAUCCAGAAUUAACCUUCUGGGUGGUAUUUUUGCAGUCUGGCAGAGCAUGUUAUGCUUAAGCCCCAAAUAGUGUCUGCCAUUCAUCUGUAUGCAUGAAUUUCACGAGUUUUAGCCUUUGUCUAUUUGUUAGUUUUCAUUCCUUUGAAAACUUCAUGCACUGAGCUGCUGCUGUGUUAUGACAGUUGCAUCAGACCAAAAAAUGGCUUUUCUACAAUGAAGAAAUAGGGUGACUUUCCUAAAAUUCUUAAGUGAUUUGUUUUUAACUUUUAUAAGUGUUUUACAAUAAAUAUAAGCACUGUUCUAUUGUCUGGUUAUAAAUUAUUUCAUCCACAUUAUUUUACUUCCUCCCUUUUCAUUUACGUGUAUGCUACCCUACUAUAAUCCAUUAUUAAAUUCAGAUUAAUAAUAGUGGAGGAAAUCUUAUUUGAGUUGUGGCAUUCUCUCACCUGGCAAAUUAUCUGUGAAGAACUCCCAUUUCCAGACUUUCAGUUUAGUAUGUCUAAUCCUUUCAAACUCAUCUAUUUUGUAGAGCAGGCAUUAUUAUAAAAGCUGUGAUAUGGUGCUUUUAACGUGGUCUUUUUCAUGAGAGGCCAUCUGAAAUCAGAAUUAUGUAUUUGUUUGGUUUCAGCUUCUGAUAAUUAGGUGACCGUGCAAAAAUGUGGAGAACCUGCUCAAAUGUAGAGAAGGAAAAUACGGUUUUCUAAACUGCAUAAAUGCAGUUGCAAACUUUUCUAAAGAAAAGUAAAUGCAAUCAGACAGUGCAGUCAAUCUGUGGAGCAAAUUUAUCAAUAAUGGCAAUUAACUGUGCUACAGUAGCAAAUCAAAACUGAUGUUGACUUGAGUAGUAUGAAACUAAUUAAGCUAAGUGGACUGUAUAACUAUAUGCUGAAAUGAAUAUGGUUUUUAAGCAAAAAUAACUACAGAAAAAUAGGCAAUGGAUAUUGUAAAUCAGAGAAAAAAUCCUACCUGUAAUGGCUGUCCUUUGCCCUUUUUAUUUUCUUUCCAACAUUGUAAUGUUCCACAUAAGACGUUGCUGAACAGUUUCUGCCCUUCUGGGCAAGGAAAAAAUGGUUUAGAGUUACUAGCAGUGAGUAGUUUAAUAGCUGCUUUUUAGCCAUUGGAAAUGUUCAGUGAUUUUGUGUGCUGUGUUUGCUUUCUUGGUGGGGAGAAAAAAUCCUAUUUUAUGGACAGAAAAGCAUCUGAAAAACAACAGUUGAAGUGUAGGUAAGUUGCUCUACACUUAUCUGCUGGUAAGAUAUACUUGAUCUUACCAGCUACAAAAUUCUUCAGUGUUAUCCUGAUAUCCACAUUCUAACUUACCGUGUGGCCUUGGAGAGAUUGUUCUACCUGCUUGUGUCUUCAUUCCCCAAGACAACACCCGAGUAGGAAUGCUGAUCAUAUAGGGACACCUGGUUUUUGUGGUGUGGCAGUGUUGGUGAGAUCUCUUGAAGGUGUGAAGAAGAACAAAUAUCCUGCUUGUAGUAACUAUUUACUUGGUUGUUAAAAUUGUUUGAUAGAAAGUGGCAAGACAGAAGAAAACUAGUAACCUCAUUUUGGUCUCUGCUAACUAUCUUCAUUUUGAGCUGAUGGCUAUUUCCUAUCUGUUUCUUCUGUUUCUGUCACCUACUAGCUUACAGUUUGCCUAAGUUUCUUAGAGUUGGUGUUCUCAAGACUGUAUCCAAAUUUAGAACUACUGCUUUCCUGCUGUGGCUUGGUUAUCCAGUACUUGCAUAUCCACUUUUCAUCUUCAUGGACUGAGUCUGCUUGAUACUAGCCAGUAACAGCUGACUAUAGUAAAGGAUGAUCCCAAGUUGAAAGAAAGAAUAACAGGAAGAACAACAGCCUCUAAGUCCUGAGGGAAAGGUAAAUGGAAAACUCUGGGAACUUUAGUCCGUUCCCAUAAAAUAGAGAAGUGUUUAGAAAGGUUGCUCACAUCAAGCAUAAGGGAGAGCAUAAUAGUUUCUUCCUUUCCAGGAAUGGUUUGUGGUUUUCAAUGUGAAAUAAGAGUUAUGUGGAGCUUAAGUUUAAUCUCCCUGGCCAAUGUCCAUAGAUUUCUCUUUCUGCCCUGUCAGCUGAACUUUCUUUGCCUGAAUAUUUUUUCCAUUAUUUGAGUGUUUUGUCCUACAUCAGAGUCCAGACUGUUUGGAUGAAAUCAUGUGAUAACACUUUGUUGGCCUUUUCUUUUUGUUAGUCUCAUUUUCACUGGUCUGUGUCUAUCAGCCACUGAGAUGAGAAAGUGAUUUGUUACUCAAGUUUUUUUUUUUUUUUUUUCAUUUAUUCAAUUAUUGGCUCUCAAAAGUUAAGUCUACUAAGCUACUUUUUUUUUUUUUUUUUUUUUUUUUUUCCCAUUUAAUCAUCAUUUUAGUGCAAAAUGCUACAGAUUCAGAAUGUGUGGAAGUUGACCCAUAUCAGUAACGUGAAAGUCACAGAGUGCAGUGAUGACAGUGUACAACAUGCUUGAAGACCUACAAGAGCAGAGAUUUAUCAUCACAGUCACCCCUAUAAGAUAAGGUACAUACUGUAAACGAUGUUAAACCAGUGACAAUCCCUGGGAUACUUGUCAAUGUUACCAGUGAACUUAAAAGGAGUCACCAAAAGUCCUUUAAGGGUGGGAACUGUCAGCAUCCAUAGUAUGCUAUAUUGAUUUUGCAUUUACGAUAAUGACCAAAGGGUGGCUCCCUAUACCUACUUAUGAACAUGAAUAAAAGAUGAGAUAAAGAACUUCUAAACAUUUUUCUCUACAGUACUAACACAUUCUCAGAGUAUGUUCUCUCUCUAAUCAACUUAGAGCCUGUUUUAGUGUAAUAAUGUCUUUUUUUCACCAAAGGAAGGAUGGAGUCUGGAUUUUGUGAACUACUUGGGUAACGCAUCCACAUUUUUAACUUGCUAUCCCAAUUAUGCAUUCUUUAUGAUUUUUUUUUUUCUGAAGCUAAUUGCUAUUAUCAAUAACAUGUAUAAUGUCCUAAGUAUGUCAGUAUUUUCUACUGUAA